ACGGCGGACUUCACUUCCGGCAACCCGAUAGUUAGCGAGAGGUUACUGCUUUUUUGUUCAUGUUUUACUCGCUCUUUAAUUUUUUUUAUUUACAAAAGGAAAAGUUACAAUGAGAUUAAAGUGAGAUUAAAGUUUUUCUUGUGUUUUAAAAGUAGUAUUUGGGGGGCGGGUUUACGUCUUUCUCGCUAACGUUAGCAGGCUAGCCAGCUAGCUCAGCUGCCGUUUGCUAAAGCAGAAGCUGGACGACCGCCGAUACCGUGUGGAAGUAACGUCCCCUCUGCCCCAUUUAUUCACGCUGACGCUCACAACGGAGACCGUACGUUUUUCAUGCGAGCACCGGAGUCUGUUCGGACAUUUUAAUGGGAGGCGGCUGGCUCCGGGGUGGACAUUGCGGGCAGCAGUCUCCAGCAAAGCGGAGCUUGUGGCGACGAGUCGGGCUCACAUGGAGUCCCUGGCCGGGUACGUGUACAAGGCAGCGAGCGAAGGUCGGGUCCUGACCCUGGCCGCGCUGCUGCUCAACCACUCCGAGGUGGAGACCCGCUUUCUGUUGGGCUAUGUGACCCAGCUGGCCGGCCAGAGGUCCACACCGCUCAUCAUUGCCGCCUGCAACGGCCACGACAAGGUAGUCCGCCUGCUCUUGGAUCACUACAGAGUGGACACCGAGCAGACGGGGACCGUAAAGUUCGACGGCUAUGUGAUCGACGGAGCCACGGCGCUGUGGUGCGCGGCAGGGGCGGGGCAGUUUGAGGCGGUGCGUCUGCUGGUGAACCACGACGCCAACGUCAACCACACCACCAUCACCAACUCCACGCCGCUGCGGGCGGCAUGUUUCGACGGGCGCCUGGACAUCGUGCGCUUCCUGGUGGAGCACGACGCCGACAUCAGCAUCACCAACAAGUACAACAACACCUGCCUCAUGAUCGCCGCCUACAAAGGCCACGCCGACGUGGUCAGCUUCCUGCUGGAGCACGGCGCCGACCCCGACGCCAAGGCCCACUGCGGCGCCACCGCUCUGCACUUUGCCGCUGAGGCGGGCCACCUGAGCAUAGUGGCGGAGUUGGUGAGGCGGCAGGCGGUCAUGGCCGUGAACGGACACGGGAUGACGCCGCUGAAGGUGGCGGCGGAGAGCUGCAAGGCGGACGUGGUGGAGCUGCUGCUGGCGCAUGCUAACUGCGAGCCGCGGGGCCGUAUUGAAGCGCUGGAGCUGCUGGGCGCCUCCUUCGCCAACCACCGUGAGAACUACGACAUCAUCAAGACGUACCAUUACCUACAUACCGCCAUGGAGGAGCGCUAUCGUGACCCGUACAAUGUCAUCGUCAAGGAGCCGUCGCCGCCCAUUGAGGCAUACGGCGGGCGCCACGAGUGCCAAACGCUGGCGGAGCUGGACGCCAUCCAAUCAGACCGCGACGCUUUGCACAUGGAGGGCCUGAUGAUUCGUGAACGCAUUCUGGGCUCGGACAGCAUGGACGUGUCCCACCCCAUCAUCUACCGCGGCGCCGUCUACGCCGACAACAUGGAGUUUGAGCAGUGCAUCAAGCUGUGGUUGCACGCGCUGCGCCUCCGCCAGCGAGGAAACCGCAACACCCACAAGGACCUGCUGCGCUUCGCCCAGGUCUUCUCGCAGAUGCUUCACCUGAAGGAGCGGCUGGCGGCAGCGGCGGUGGAUCAGGUCCUGGGCUGCAGCGCGCUGGAAAUCCGCCGGAGCGCGGCGCGCGUAGACAUCGCCGCCGACAGCGAACUGCCCCAGGCGGCGGAAAACUACGAGUCCAACGUCUUCACCUUUCUCUACCUCGCCUGCAUCGCCACCAAGACGCCGUGCGGCGACGAGGAGCGCGUGCGCAUCAACAAACACGUGUACGACGUGAUCCAGUUGGACCCCCGCUCUCGUGAGGGCGCCUCGCUUCUCCACCUGGCCAUCAGCUCCAGCACGCCCGUGGACGACUUCCACACCAACGACGUGUGCAGCUUUCCCAACGCGCAGGUCACCAAGCUGCUGCUGGACUGCGGCGCGCCCGUCAAUGCAGUCGACCACGAGGGCAACACGCCGCUGCACGUCAUUGUGCAGUACAACCGGCCCAUCAGCGACUUCCUCACGCUGCACGCCAUCAUCAUCAACCUUGUGGAGGCGGGCGCACACACCGACAGGACCAACAAGCAGAAGAAGACGCCGCUGGACAAGAGCACGACGGGCGUGUCAGAGAUCCUCCUCAAGACGCAGAUGAAGAUGAGCCUCAAGUGCCUGGCGGCCCGCGCUGUGCGGCGCCACCGCAUCACCUACCGAAACCAGAUCCCCAAAAGCCUCGAGGAGUUUGUGGAGUUCCACUGAUUUAGUUUUUUUGUUGCUUGGACUGUUUCCUUGAAAAAACAACAUUUUUUUCCCCCUUGCGUCACAAUUUUAAUGAAGCUAAUUGCUUUUAACCUUUUUUUUGUUUGUUUGGACUUGAAAAAAUGUAAGAAGAGUCUAUUUAUUUUUCCGACACGCUGAUUAACGUGUCUUUGCUGCUCUGUCUUUCAGAAAAAGUUCAUGGUCAUAUGCUACGUUAGCGCUGAUGCUAGAAUUCACUUUAUUGGCAUCUUUAACUUCUGUGAGUGUUUUUAUUUACUUUAUAAAGUGAAUGUUAACCAGGAAGCUACAUGCUAUGCACUGACCUAACCUUUAUCAUCCGGUGACUCCGCCCACAAGUUAAAACCCAGAACUCGAGUGAUUUGUGAGAAUUGCAGUUUUUUUUCUCAAAUGAAUUUUUACUCCUUGUGACAAACUGAUUGUGUGUAACAUUUAAUUUAAUCAAGUGGAUCACCUCGCAUCCAACUAUGCCAAGUGCCUCAAACCUGCUUUUUCUUGAUAUGUCCAGCAGGGGGCAGUGUGUCGUGUAUUAACAUUGUAACUUCCAACGAGAUGUUAAACAUGUUUUUUUAUUUACAGAUUGUAAAAAAAAAAAAAUCUACGUGCAAGAAAACUGAAGACUCAUUAAAAGAGCAAGACAUUUUUAAAAACA